AUGUCUACAAAACAGCAGCCAACUAGCUCAAGUUCCGAUGUGGACCAACGCUAUGCUGUGUAUGAUGAAAGGAAAAGGAAGAGAAUGAUAUCCAACCGGGAAUCUGCGCGCAGGUCUCGGAUGAGGAAGCAGCAACAUCUGGAUGAGAUGGUUGGCCAAGCGAGCCAGCUGCAGAACGAGAACAAUCUCCUUUCACAGAAAAUCAAUAACACCACUCAACUUUACCUUGGCGUUGCCUCUGAGAACAACGUGCUGAGAGCUCAGCUAGCAGAGCUGACCGAUCGUCUACGAUCACUGAACUCUGUUCUUGAAAUUGUGUCUGAUGUUAGUGGGCUGGCGGUGGACAUUCCCGAUAUCCCUGAUACCUUACUCGAGCCAUGGCAGAUGCCUUGCCCAAUACAGCCCAUCACUGCAUCUGUUGAUAUGUUCCAGUGCUGA